AUGGCUUAUUUGCAUGUGCACUUUUUGGAAGCACUCAUUCAACAAUUGGAACACGUUUGCGCGAGUCCCAUAUGGCAUGCACGUCAAGUAGCCAUUGAAUUUGUUCAAACAAUGAUCUUUUGUAAUUUAUUCAAUGCUCGUCCUUAUGCUAAUCGAAUACAUGAUCUUGUAUUCAAAUCUCUAUUUGAUGAACAAUUUGAAGUGCGAAUGAUUGCAUCGACAACUUUAUCAGGUCGAAGUAUAUGGACAAAAAUAAUUCGAAAUAAAAAAGCUGUACAAUAUUUAUUUAAUGGUGAAUCAUUCGAUUUUCAUUAUCAAUUUCAAAAUCGUUUUAUAGAACCAAUUAAAUUAUAUCCAGGUGAUGAAUUUGCGACUCGAUGUGUUUAUAAUACAAUGAAUAAAACGAGUAUUACUUUAGGAGGUGAAAGUGAUAACUUCUUCAUGGAAAAUGUUAAUGAACAAAAAUUUAUCGUAAUUUAA